AUAAGAUUCAAAUUAAAUAUAGAUAAUAAAGACUUACAUCUAUAGGCAAUUGAAAAUUAUCCAUAUCUAACAUAUUACUCAUACGAGUUUUGCCGUCAGACAUGAUCGCCAUAAUAAAAAUUGUUAAUAAAAAAUCCCAUUAAUUAGUUUUAAUAAAUAAAUAAUUAUAUAUAUAUAUAUAUAUAUAGAAAUCAUUUCUCUUCGACAACUUAUAUCUACUGAUCAGCUGAUCUGUCAAAACAACAAAUCAGCUGGAUGGAUUUAAUGGCUUUUGUCCCCCAUUUUACGGAAGUGCCAAUUUUGGAGCAUGUUCCAGUUACAGAGCAUAUCUGUGAACAACCGAAAGAAGAAGAUGAGAUAAUGGCUAUUAGAAAAGGAAAUCGGAUUUUGGAUAAGUUGAGUCGUUGGUUUAUGAGACAACGUGUUUUACAUAAAAAGCAUCCUUUAACUCGCUGGUGUGUCAAAAGUACAACUGCAGUUAAUUAUGAAAUUUCGAGACACCUCAAAUCACAUCCUUAUAUGAUACAUCCUUUUAGUUCAUUCAGAAUCGUUUGGGAUUCAAUAAUGAUUAUAUUCACAUUUGUGGCUCUUCUGAUCACUCCAAUAAUCAUCACAUUUUAUUUUGAUGAACUCUUUACCUAUUUUGUGAUUAACGAUAUAAUAAAUAUAGUAUUUUUAUGUGAUAUUAUCAUGUGGUUCUUCACGGGUUAUUAUGAUUAUCAAACGAAGCUUACUGUUCUUGAUCCUAUGAUUGUAGCACGGAAAUAUUUGCAAAGUUAUUUCCUAAUAGAUUUUUUGCCCAUAUUACCCAUAGGAAUCUUCAUUUUUAUUGUACCUAAUUCAAUAUGGUACUGUGCUACAUUAAAUAUGAUGAAAUUAUUAAGAAUUCGCAAUAUUCUUGCUUGUUCUAAAAGACUUCGCGACGUAUACAGAAUAUAUUUUCAAUUGCAUAAAAUUUUAGAUACGUGCGUGGUUAUUAUAAUAUGUAUUCACUGGGCUGCUUGUCUAGAAUAUUAUGUUCCUCUAUCUGUAUAUGUUUUAGGCACUUUAAGUAAUGAGUCUUGGAUCAAUUCAUCAUAUUUUCAAAACAGGGAAACAACAGCAAAGAAAUAUCUAAUGUGCUUGCAUCGUUCGCUUAUCGCCUUUUCUCGUUCUUGCCAUUUUUUAGAUAUGAAAACGACAGAAGAUAUUAUAUUAAAUAUGAUCUUAAUGAUAGUUGGAUGUUUUGGUGCCAUAUUUUUAUUAACGCAAUUCUCACAAUUAAUAACAACGUUUCAUAUAACAAUUAAACAUAAUUUGAGGCUGAUAGCACAGUUGUUAGAAUAUAUGCGAUACAAAGAACUUCCAUCUGCUUUACAACUUCGUUUAUUAACAUUUUAUCAUUAUCGCAAUAAAAAAGGUUUCGAAAGAAAUCAGAAAAUCAUACAGGAAGUUUCACCUUAUUUGCGGGAGGAAAUCAUUUUGCAUAAUUAUUUGAAAUUCCUUAAAAACGUAGAAUUAUUUAAGCAUCUACCAAAACAUAUAAUAGUACAGUUAACAGGUGCAUUACAAUCCGAAAUCUAUAUAGCCGGUGAUGAAAUAGUUAAAGCUGGCACCCGUGGCGAAGCUUUGUAUUUCAUUUCUUCUGGAACAGUAGCGGUUUACAAUUCUGCAGGAAAAGAAAUUUGUCAUUUGGAAGAUGAAAGUUAUUUCGGUGAAAUUGCCUUGGUAAUGGAUACCGAGCAUAGAAUAGCAACUAUAGUUGCGGUGGAAACUUGUGAAAUAUACGUGUUAUAUCGCCACGAUUUCCGAAGAUUUAUAGCACCAUAUCCUGAUCUCUUAAACCGUUUGCAAAAUGUUGCUCUUGAAAAUUUGAAUCAAAGUCUUCUUAUAGAUUCAGAGAAUUUAGAAAUCUUUUUCAUGCCGCAAUAUGUUAAUAUAAGUACUAUACAACGUAAGAAAUUAUAAAUUUAAAAUAAUAUAUUUUAAAAAUUUAA